UUGAAUCGGUACCGAUGGCGCAAGAGUUGGAGCGUUUCGCCGCAAACGAAGUUGAUGAAUAUUUAGCUCGUAUUCGCUACACAGGCCCAAUAGAGCCAACUCUUGAAGUUCUAGAAGAGCUUCAAAGAUGUCAUAUUUUAUCAGUUCCUUUUGAGAACUUGAGUGUGUACGGAAAGGAGGAAAUAGUUCUCUCCAAAGAAUGGUUGUUCGACAAAGUCGUUCGAAGACAUCGCGGCGGUUUCUGCUAUGAACUUAACACAGUUUUUUCCCUGCUACUCGAUUACAUUGGAUUUGAGUUUCAAAGGCAUGCUUCAGAGGUAUACAGUAGAAAAACAGGACGUAUUGGACCCCCAUUCGAUCACAUGAUUCUCGUCGUAAAUAUUGAAGGUGCGCUGUGGUUGACGGAUGUUGGUUUUGGCGAUUCCUUUCUGACUCCUCUCCUCUUUGGCUGCUCCGCAGAUCAACAGGAACAAAGUAGUGGGACGUAUCGUAUUCGAAAAGAAGGCGACAGGUGUUUCUACGAAGAGAAAGUGAAAACUAUCGUCGACGAGUUUGGUAACGAAGAAAAAGCAAAAGUAAAUUUGACUACCGACAACGAAUGGUCUCCAAGGUGUAGGUUCGAACUCAUUCCUAGGAAAAUGUGUGACUUUCAUGAAAUGUUGCUUUUCCAUCAAACAGAUCCAAAAUCACCGUUUACCCACGAUCGCAUUUGUACCAUGGCAAAACCCUGGGGAAGGAUAACUUUUUCAGGGAACAAAGUGACCAAGUCAACUUACUUGGGCGACAACAAGAUCAGAAAGGAAACAAAGGAACUUCUCGGCGGAGAGGAAGAGAUAGUAAAAGAACUGGAACAACAGUUUGGAAUAAAAAAGGAAUCUUGUUUAUACCCUGAGGGCUCCAUGUAUUGCGGAUCAGAUCAGAGCAAGGAAAGGAAGAUUUAAACUAUAUGCUAACCGUACACUAUUUUGCUUAUCAUCCAGAGAUUGCGUGAGAUUUAGUAGGUGAAUUAAUUAUUCAGGUCUCGUCACGCGAUUCUAAUUGAACAAAAUAAUAACGAUUAGAAUAAGAUCUUCUGAAAAACAAAUAUAUUUUGGCUAUCACUAGAUUCAUUCUAUGUUGAUUCCUUUACUGUAAUCCAUAGUUUUGUUUAAUUUUCCUUGCUUUUAGGGACUGAACAUUAUUUAUGGGGGGGGGGGGGGAGCGUCGGUUUAGUUUGGUUGUGUCAUGAUAAUAUUUACCUGAUCCCUCUUUUUAAAAGUUUUGUGAUAUUCUGACAUUCUUAUGAUUCCCCUCUCAUUGGCAGUUAACUUGCAGUCAAAUUUCUGUCCCUACUUUAUAGUCUGUUGGCGACGACUGAUCCUACCUCCUUUGCCUUGAAAACCAUGUGCUCCCUCCAAAUGAAAUUCUCCAACCUCCCCCCCUGACGCCUGACGAUUACUGAUAACUGUUGUAAUUGUCGUUUUCGUUUCGCAUGAAUUUACGCUAAGAGUGUAACUAGCAGCACGUGUUGACUUCCGCUUAACCUGUUCUACAUAAGCCACUGGCUUUGGUAUCUUUCAAGGUGAGAUAAAAAAGACAAUGUAUGCUUAUCACGUAAGAUUAAAAAAAAAGUUAAAAAAA